UUGUAUUUUUAUAGAGUUUUUGUUUUAGUUGUGAAUUUCUUUUUGCUGAAAGUUGCGGAAAAUUCGGGAUUAACCAAAGACACAUUUUAAAUUUUUAAUAAAAUAGGGAGAGGAAAAGGCUUAUAAUUUUUUUCUUCCUUCCUUUGUUUUAUUUUGUUUUUUGACUACAUUAAACAAUACCUGAGCUAUAAAUUACAGUAAACAAAUUGGGAGUGGAAAAAAAAAUCAAAUAAAUGAUGGAAAUCACAGAAGUAUAAUUUUACAAUCUAAAAAAAAUACACCCGGUUAAAACUUAGGAAAAACUUUUAUUCAGCUGGAAACAAGUGUGCGCUACAUGGAUUGUCGUCCUCUCUACGUCAUCGUUUUGACAAAAGUAAUUCUCCGCGCAGUAACUUCUCGGUGAGACAUCGCGGCUCUACUUUCUUCCGCGCUGGUUUAUGAACAAUCUGAAAAAAAAGAAAUGUUGGGCAGAAGUCUAUCAGGGGUUUUGCUCUGGACCCUUUUCCUGCUCACCAUGAGUGCCCAGCUGGAUUAUCAUCCAGAGACUCAGAUUGGAGGAGAUUUUAGAAAAGCCUUCAAAAGAGAGAUUGAGAGGAUGAGUCAGGACUCUGAGCCCUUAGAUCGAGCCAAUCAAUGGAUUCAAGGUAGACAUGACAGAAGUUCUGGUUCUGAAUCUACAGGCAUUUAUGCUGACCCCUUCCACACAGAGCAGUCGGAUUCAUCACAUGCGUCUGGUAUGACCACCGUUUCCCCAGAUGAAGGUCCACGAUUCAAUAGAUUCCCUGCAGAUGUAUUUUCUGUUGAACAGCGCAGAGCAGGAUGGGUGAUCCUGCACAUUUUGGGGAUAAUGUACAUGUUUGUGUCACUAAUAGUCGUCUGUGAUGAGUUCUUUGUUCCUGCCGUUGGAGUAAUUAUGGACAGGUUGUCCAUCUCUGAUGAUGUAGCAGGAGCCACCGUCAUGGCCGCUGGAAGAUCGGUUCCCAGUGUCCUCUUUGGUCUGGUGACAGUCUUCUUCAUGGACAGCAGAGUUAGCAUGGGGGGACUGGUUGGUUCCGGAGUUUACAGCAUUUUGUUUGUGACAGGAAUGUGUGCCGGGUUGUCUCGGACAGUUCUUCAUCUGACCUGGUGGCCACUUUUCAGAGACUUGUCAUUCUACCUGCUUUACUUCAUCUUAGUGGUGUUAUUUUUCUUGGACAAUGCUGUAAUGUGGUGGGAGAGCGGGAUCCUGAUGGCUGGUUAUACUCUGUAUGUCAUAUUUAUGAAGUUUAACACCCAGGCAGAGUUAGCCAUCAAGUCCAUCCUGCACAAACUGAAGCCCGUUCAGACGGACAGUCCUUUUGAGGCGCCCCCUAAGGUAAAUGUACCUUUGGGAGAAGAAACAUCCCCUAAAACAGACUUCUGCAUUAGUGACACUGAUGACAAGAACGAAGGACUGGAAGGAGGAGAGGUCAGAGGUGACUCGCCGCUCUCUUUACGCUGGCCUGACACCCGCUGUCAGCAGGCCGCCUACCUCCUCCUGCUGCCCGCCAGGCUUCCUCUGUGGAUCACUGUUCCUGAUGUCCGAAACCAGAAAUCUAGAAGAUUCUACGCGGUGACCUUCCUGGUUUCGAUUCUUUGGAUUUGUGUUUUCUCCUAUGUCACACAUUGGUGGACCAAUCAGAUGGGAGAAACUGCAAUAGCCUUGAGAUUUAUGGGUAUUUUGGUCACGGCGAUAUGCCACCCUGACCUCAUUACCAGCGUGAUUGUGACCCGCAAAGGCCUGCCGAACAUGGCUGUAUCCAGCAAUGUAGGCAGCAGCAUCUUCAGCCUGACUGUGAGUUUCCCCCUGCCAAUGCUGCUCUACUCCUUGAGCCACGGUUUGGCUCCAGCUGCUGUCAGCUCUGAAGGGAUCAGCUGCAGCACUCUGUUACUUGUCCUCAUGCUCCUAUCGGCCAUCGUCUGCAUUGUAUCCUGCAAACGGAAGAUGAAUAAAGCUCUGGGGGCCAGCUUGGUCCUGCUAUACAUCCUCUUUGUGAUCGUAGGUAUUCUAUUCAGCUUUGAAAUCAUCGUCUGUCCCUUAUUCUAGAUGAGAGCUAUUCAACUUUCACAUUAUACUUUAUGCACAUGAGGGCAUUUGAGGGCAGUUUACUCCUUAAAUUUAUUAACUCAAGUUGCUUUUUUUAUGUUAUGAGUAAUCUUGCAUAUAUAUAUUUCUUUGUAUUAUUUGUGUCUAAACACACUCCAGGGUUCUCAAGUUUACAAUAAUUCAUCUUAAAUUAUUUUUCCCACUAAAAAAAAUAAACAAAAUGUUUCAAAUCUUGAAAAAAAGGACCAGAUUAAAAAAAAAAGAGCAGGAAUUAUGAAUCUAAAUUCUGUUACAGAUUAAAGCAUGACUUUAACCCUUUAACUCCAGAACGCCAGUAUUUAUGUUUUCUGAUUUACUGUAACUUUUCAACCGUUAACACGAUCAACGAAAUUCCAGUAGAUUCUGAAGGAGUGAGCG